AUGGAUUGCAAGAUUAAGAUCGGUGUUUAUGACCCUCUUGGCUGCAGCGAGCACUGGGAAGAGAUGCUCAUGUCGAAGCAGCCUUUGACAAAUUUGCAUUGGAAACUGGGGCCUCAAAGCGUGUUGAAAUCACUUCCACCAUUGCAUCUGGACAUCGUGAAAGAGGUCCCAAUUUCCAUAAAGAACAUCAACCCUAGUACUAUACAGGAAGAUAAUGACCAGUACUUUCAUUCCGUUUUAUUGGAAACUAAAAAUACGGCCAGUGUGCCCGUGAAGAUCAUGAUCGUUGGAAGCGACAGCUUGGAUGACUAUCGUUCCAGGAUAAGGCCUCUGGUCAAGGAGUGGUUAAAAGCAGAAGUGCAUUCAAAAAUAAUAAAGCCUAAGUGGCAAAUUGUCUUCUAUAUAGACGCGUCUACGAAAGACAGAACUUCCAUUUUUCAAAAGUUAAAAACUGAUUUUGGAGGAGACAUUGAGGAAACUGUUGAGAGGUGCAUUAAGUUGAAAGAAAAAUAUGCCACAAAACAGGAAGAGACUGAGAGCUGGACUUCAUUUGUAUCUGGACUUAAAGAUAUGAUAUUACAGCAUUUUACGUUUAAAUUGCAGUUCCUAGAAGGUAUUCUGCAGAAAAUAAACCUGAAAAGGAAUCUUGCAAAUCCAAUAUAUCCAUUAGCAUUUAGACAAUUGAUCGCAACCACAUACAAAGAUAUGUCAUUGUUUAACGACUCGUUGGCAAGCUAUGAGAUACUGAGAAAAAACUUUGAAAAUUUGUUGGCAAAGAAGGAGUUUGUUUGUGAAAAUAAUGUUGAAUGGGCGCAAGAUAUAGAUGGAUUUUUUUCCAAGUAUCAGGAAUUAAACCUUAUUGAUGAGUUAUUGAAGAAAACAGUUACCAAGUAUACGUUUCACACUUCAGUUUUCCUGCAAGAGUUUGACUUGUACCUUCAAUUGAUAAAGCUUCCCGCAACAUUAACGUCUUCGAAGGCCCGGCUUACUACAGAAAUGUUCAAACGAUUUAAAUCUUUCAUGACAACAAUACUAGCAAUAUCGUCAGAAUCAGAGGAGUUGCAAAACUAUGAAAUGGUUUAUAGAUUGAUAGACAUAUUCUUGAGUCAUCCUGAAAUUUUGUCAUUAACGGAGUUGGCUUUCAAACACAUCAAUACCGAUGAUGUUCAAGAUUUAUCUGAUUUUCCUCAAGUGAUUGAGUUAUGUGGAGAAUUAAGAUUGUAUCAAAGAACCAAUUUUAAGAAACUGGGCGAAGCAUUCAAUUACCAUGUUGCAGAUAUCCCUCUGCGGGAUGUUCACCCUACUAAUUACAAGAUUCGAUCAGCAGUUUUAAAGCAGUUUUUUUCCUCUGAAGAAUCUUUCCAAAAUCAUUUCAUUGAGCUCACAGAGCUCACCAUCCAGCAUUUUAUUGACUGUAAUAAUCGAAGACGGACUGCUGACACCUUGACCACAGAACUGGCCAUAAUGGCCUACGAAAAAGGUGACUAUGAGAAAACCCGAACUAUCAUUCAUGAUGCAAUUUACUAUUUUAAGGAACAGGGUUGGAAUUUUGUAAGCGGAUACGCCUUGAAAGUGUACAUCGAUUGUUUGCACAAGACAAAUGAGAAAGACAGUUUGUUGUUUUUGGGCUCAUAUCUUCAGUUGUUUGCCACCAACUCCUUAGCACCGUCGCAAGCAGACCAAUGCGUGAAAGAAGUUAAGAAGCGAAUUGACAAUGUUCCAGAAACUGAAUAUGAUUUGACAAAUUUUUGUUCCGUUUCAGUUGGUACUAAUCAAAUAGUUAACACUGUUGACACGUAUUCCAUUGAGAUAACGUUGUAUAACACCGUCCAGUCUGAAAAUGAGCGGCUAGUAUUUGAUAAGAUGUCACUGCAUCUUGAGUCCAACGAUGGAAAGAAAAGACUUGCUUUUGAGAUUGAUUCUGUGGAGCUGAAAAACGAUAAGAUUUUACUCACCAGUAGGCAGAUUAUCAAUGAUGAGUUUGUUGUUAAGAAGCUGAUCUGUUACAUGGGAAAACUCAAGUUUGUCAAAUCGUUUAGUGAUUGGUUUUCCACUAGUCGCAUUCUGCUAUAUCAACAGUUGACCACAAACGAUCUUCAAACGAAGAAUACGAUAUUGUCAGUGGAUCUACCAACUACGAGAGAGCUGAAUAUGGAAAGAAUUCUUGUGAAUUGUUACACUGGAGAUCAGGAUAUUCAAAACCUUGUUUUUGACUUUACGGAAACAGAAAUUGACCAAACUUUGGAAGGAAUGAAAUUAGUGCACAAUGGCGAGGAAGUUUCUUUUGAGCUUCUGGAAAUUGCUGGCAGUCUCUUAAAACCGAUUCGUUUGAAUGGCACCAUCAAAAGGAAUAGUCACCUUGAGCUGUUUAUACCUUAUUCAAGAGUGGAAUAUGACACAAAAGUGUUGUUCAAUGUCACUUGCAGGUAUGAAUCAACCGAAGGUUUUGAAUUUAGCAACAGUUAUCAGAGAAAUCUUAACAUAUCGUUAUCGAUUGCUGUUUCUGUGCAGGAUCUAUUCAAGGACAGGUUUCUCUACUCCAAUUUCACAAUAGGCACCUCAACGCAAGAUAAAUAUCUAAUAAUUUCAGAUACAAAGUUCUAUUCUCCGGAUUCCAAAACCGAAACAGAUGCAACUUUCAGAAUAACCACAGGUUAUAUUCCAGAUUCUAUACUUGCAAGUUACGAGCAAAGAGUAUCUGUGUUUUACAUUCUCGAGCCAUUUGAGAAUUGUUCUGUUCAAAAUUUGUGUUUGAAAGUGACUUACAGAAGUAUCGAAUUGGAAUGUCGAAAGUACUCCAGAGCUCGGUUGACGCAAAUUUUGACUGAGGAAAAGUUACUCAACUACUUCUUUUUGGUGGAAUCUAUUUGUGAUGACUUAGAAUUUGAUGAAUUAACUUAUUACAACAAAAAGAUCGUAAAAUCAAAAUCAGUCCCUCAAUGGCAGGAUCAACUGAUGGCAGAAUUCCAGAAUAAAGACAAGAACCUUUUCAGAGCCGUUAAUCAUUUCUUGGACAUACUUGCUCACGGAAUAUAUGCCGACGAUCAUUCGGUAGUUUCAAUGGAACUUUUUAUUGAUGUUCCUAUGCCGUCGAUCGAUAUCUUACACGUUGUCGAUUUUGAGCCUAUAGAGCAAAAUGUGCAAGAUUUCAGGGUGGAAGAGCCUAUACAAUUCGCAUUAAAACUCAAGACGGAUACUAGAUGGUCCGAUAUGGACUUUGGAAAGCAAGAAAGUUGUUCAGAAUUAUCGAAUGAUGAUAAAGAAACGGUGGAUAAAACUACAGGGGAAGAGAAAAAAGUAGAAUUGAACAGAAAUAUAAAUAAAAAGUAUUGUUUUUCCUUGGAAGUCCAGGAUUCUGAUACUUGGUUGAUUAGCGGAAUUACCACAUUUACUUACGAGGUGGAUUUCUCCAGAGGGAAAAAUAUAACUACCUUUGAUGAAAUGCGAUUUGUUUUGAUACCCUUGAAGACCGGACAACUUUUGCUUCCCAAAGUCGAAAUCAAACAUGGAGACCCUGGUGAGUCUUUGAGAUAUGAGGUGGAUUACAAGAAUGGUUCCGAAAGUAUUUUGGUGGUUAGUGCGUCCAAAAACGCAACAACAGUCUCAUUUUGA